AUGGUAGAUCUUCAUCCCCAGAUUGGCAUACCAACAGGUGCCUCCUCCAUACAUGAAUCAGAAAGGAAAGAUUCUACCAUCCGUCUUACGCUCCUUAAAUUUUAUCGAUUAUUAUUCACACGAUGGCGACAAAGGAAGAAAUCCUCUUCAUCUGAUUCCACUCCGGAUCAUAAAAGGAUUCAAGACGUAGACACUACUGCUGAACCGUCGGAUAUUCAAUUACCUAGACAUUCAAACGCCGUUUCAGAAUUACCCAGGCAUUCACAGGCGGCCGCCCAUAAGGUUAUUGAGGAAAAUUCGGAUCAGGAGGAAACAAUGCAUGGAGUCCACAGUUAUAGAUAUAAGGUUGAUCAUAAUCACGACCCUCCAACGAGUCCCGGUUGUUUCUUCAGACACCGUAGCGGCGAUCAUAGCUUUCAUUUUCCUUUAUCAAGAAGCAGUAGCAGAAGGAAGGACAACUCACCAACACCAUCGCUGGCAUCUUCUCUAUUUAGGAGCGGGAGUCGGAAGAGCGGUGUGGACGAAUCAACUAUUAAUGGGUUCCCAGCGUCUCUCUCCCGAAAUGCCAGUCGGAGGAGCACCACCACCCCCAUUAUGUUUUCCAACUCGACAGGGUUGGUGAAGCCGCCAACUAUUCAGAAGAAUCUGGAGUGCACUCUUGAGGAGUUGUGUUUUGGGUGCACCAAGAAGAUCAAAAUCACAAGAGAUGUUAUCUCAGAUGCCGGGCAAGUAAAUCAAGAGGAAGAGUUGCUAUCAAUAAAAGUGAAGCCAGGAUGGAAAAAGGGAACAAAGAUAACAUUUGAAGGCAUGGGAAAUGAGGUUCCAGGAUCUCUCCCAGCUGACAUAACCUUUGUGAUUGCAGAGAAACGGCAUCAUAUGUUUAGGAGAGAAGGCGAUGAUUUGGAAUUGGUAGUAGACAUACCUCUAGUUAACGCGCUUACCGGUUGCGCCAUUCCAAUUCCUCUGCUCGGCGGGGAGAAGAUGGAUUUGAGUAUUAAUGAAAUUGUUCAUCCUGGUCAGGAAAAGGUCAUUAAAGGACAAGGCAUGCCAACGAAAGAUGAAAGAACGAGGGGGGAUUUGAAAUUGCAUUUCCUAGUCAACUUUCCAAAAGAACUAACAAAUGAUCAACGGUCCGAUGUUCUUAGUAUUUUAGAGGGUAAUUGUUGA